GAUUCUUGUGUCUCUCCCUCAUCCAUUUGGCUAGUCUACUUGACAGUAAGACAAACUAUAGAGUUAUCCCCCCUCAUGCUUGACACAGCAUCAACAUCUUUUACAAAACUCAGCAAAAGUUGCAACGAUGACUUCGCUGAGGCUAUUUGUCGUUUUAACCGUAGUACCCAGUAUUAUUUCUGUACUGUCCACAACCUUGGUAGAUUCUGCUUCUCAUGAAAAUAAACGGUUGUCAAUUUUGGUGUUCGGUGGAAACGGUUUUAUCGGUUCUGCUACCGUGUCUCGGCUCUUGAAGAUCGACCAUUCCAUCACUGUAAUUAACCGCGGCAACUGGUAUUGGGACUCAGAUGUUUUGAUUAAACCGUACGUUCGACAUCUCAAAUGUGAUCGUAUGCAGUCACUUUACAAUUGUCAAGACUUGGUCAACUUCUUCAAAACAAGUUCAUCCAUAUAUUUUGAUACAGUCAUUGAUUUUAGUGCCUAUCAUCCUCAUGCAGUCAGAGAAGUUCUGGCAAUUUUCCGUUCCAAAAUUGGUUUAUAUGUUUUAAUUAGUACAGACUCGGUAUAUGAUGUGUGCAUGAAAAAUCACACAGCACCUAGCAAAGAGACAGAUGCUGUUCGUCCAUUUGAUGAAACCACGAGAGAGGAUUAUGCCAAAAAUGACAACUAUGGUCACUUGAAACUUCAGUGUGAAGAAGAACUUCGGCAACAGCCAGAAGCAAGUAAAAUACCAUUUCUAAUAUAUCGUCUUCCUGAUGUUAUUGGUCCCAAAGAUAACACUUACCGGUGGUGGCUUUAUCAGCUGUGGAUGAAACUACGCACAUAUCUGGAAAGACCUGUGUCACUUCCUUCAAAUUUAGUUAAACAAGAGAUAAGUUUAGUUUAUGUUGAAGAUGUGGCAGAUAUAAUUGUGCAGUAUCUAACAGGAAGUGAAGACAUUAAUGAUGAAGCUUACAAUUUAGCCAUCGAUGAAACCCCAACACUGUAUGAAGUCCUUGGUGAUAUAAAGGAUUCCCUUAACCUAACAGAUUUGAAUAUUUUCAUUGAACCUCUGACUUCAAGCUCUGUUUAUCUCUUCCCAUCGGUGAAGUUAGGCCCUGUUGAUGUAUCUAAAGCCAAAGAAAAACUGGACUGGAAACCAACAAGUUGGGAGAAAAUUCUGAAAGAAAUAAUAGCCUUUUAUGAAAAAGCCAUCAAAGAGGAAAAAUAUGAGAUUCCAAGACGGGAUGUUAUUCACAUGAUGCAAAAAUAUUUGACAAGACGGCCUUUACAAGUUCUGACUGGACUCAGAGCAGUCUACGGUAUUGACUACCCAUUUGUAAAAGAAGAAUUGUGAUAACAGUACUGUGGUCACUGAAAUCUAUGAAAUGGCAAAUAAGAUGUUGAACUUCCCUCAAGUUUCACUGUUUAAAUAAAUUAUUAAUAUGGAUUGUUGCUUGUCAAGCAUGGCACAGUAUUGAGCUAAUGUAUAUGAAGAAAUGGUGUUGAAUCCCUGUUGUCCCAAAUAUCUGGAUGUUAAAGUAUUACUGAUUUAAUGCAAAUAUCCAAACUGUUUUAAGUUUGACAUUGUCUAUACUCAUACACUAUUCAGUGUAAAAUUCACGUGUAUGUGUGAGAAGGAGAGGCGAGAGAGAGAGAGUCUAUCUACAAAAUUGUUUUUGCCCACGGAGCCUU